AUGAGCGCGCCGAUAUUCUCACUUCAGGGCCAGACAGCCGUGGUCACAGGCUGCACCCGUGGCAUCGGCCAGGCUGUGGCCAUUGGCCUCGCCGAAGCAGGCGCUGAUGUCAUUCUCGUACAGCGAGAUACCAGUGUCACUUCCACCAAGGAAGCGAUUGAAAAGUUGGGCCGCAAGGCGUGGAUCUACACGGCCGACAUGGCGGACCAGCAGUCCGUCAAGGCGCUGACUCCCAAGAUUCUGGCCGACGGACACGAGCUUCGGAUUCUGGUGACGUGUGCCGGCAUCCAGAGGCGACAUCCGUGCGAGGAGUUUCCCGACAGCGAUUUCAACGAGGUCAUGCAAGUCAACCUCAAUGCCGUAUUCACGCUCUGCCGAGACGUGGGCGCACACAUGCUGCAUCUCGAGCCGUCGCCCACCACAGGCCGCCGCGGCAGCAUCAUCAACUUUGCCUCGCUGCUCACCUUCCAGGGCGGCUUCACGGUCCCGGCGUACGCGGCGUCCAAGGGCGCAGUGGGCCAGGUCACCAAGAGCUUCGCAAACGAAUGGACGUCCAAGGGCAUCACGGUCAACGCCAUCGCCCCCGGAUACAUCGAGACGGACAUGAACACGGCGCUGCUGAACAACCCCGAGCGCCUGGCGAGCAUCAGCGCCCGCAUCCCCGCGGGACGAUGGGGCAGCCCGGACGACUUCAAGGGCACGACGGUCUACCUGGCGAGCCGGGCGAGCGGCUACGUCAGCGGCCACACGCUGGUCGUCGACGGCGGUUGGAUGGGUCGGUAG